UAUAUUACAUAAGUAUAAUAUAAAAUAAAGAAACGUAAACAUUUUAACUUUAUUGAUAUUGUAUUAAUCUAUAGGUUAAUUAAUUUAAUUAUUAGACAUGUUCUUUUCAUAAAAAUUUACAUAUUAUUAUAAAAAUUGAAUAUGUGUAUUAAAAUUUAUUAAUGUAUUAAAUUAAAUAUAUUUUUUAUAAAAUCAAAAACAGAGUUCUAUUCUUUCAUCAAUUAAUACUAUUUUAAAUUUCAUUAUCAAAAUAAUUGAUUAUAAAUUAUUACUAUAUAUAUAUAUAUAAUUAUAUAAAAUCAAUAUAAUUAAACAAAUGGUUGAAAUCUAUUGAAGUAAAACCUAUUCCAAGUGACAAAAGAUCAAAUUAAGCUGAUUUUUAAAAUAAUAUAAUAUAUAAAUAAAAUAAAAUUUACAUAAAUUGAAAAAGAACUUAAAAUCUUUAUGACAUUUAAUAUAUUGUAAUAUAUUCUUGGAGAGAUUAUUAUAGGAUAUG